AUGGAAAGCCUGUCGAGUCAGGGUCCGGGAAUCAGGGUCCGGGAAUCAGGGUCCGGGAAUCAAGGUCCGGGAAUCAGGGUCCGGGAAUCAGGGUCCGGGAAUCAGGGUCCGGGGUUCAGGGUCCGGGAAUCAGGGUCUGGAGUCAGGGUCCGGGAAUCAGGGUCCGGGAAUCAGGGUCCUGGAGUCAGGGUCCGGGAGUCAGGGUCCGGGAGUCAGGGUCCGGGAGUCAGGGACACGGGAAUCAGGGUCCGGGAAUCAGGGUCCGGGAAUCAGGGUCCGGGAAUCAGGGUCCGGGAGUCAGGGUCCGGGAAUCAGGGUCCGGGAAUCAGGGUCCGGGAAUCAGGGUCCGGGAAUCACUGGGUCCGGGAAUCAGGGUCCGGGAAUCAGGGUCCGGGAAUCAGGGUCCGGGAAUCAGGGUCCGGGAAUCAGGUAAACGUCGGUCCCACCGCCGCCUUGCUCCCGGCAAACGUCAGGCCCGCCACCGCCCUGCUGCCAGCAAACGUCGGGCCCACCACCGCCCUGCUGCCGGCAAACGUCGGUGCCACCGCCGCCUUGCUCCGAGUAAACGUCGGGCCCACUGCCGCCUUCCUCCCGCUAAACGUCGGGCCCAUUGCCGCCUUCCUCCCGCUAAACCUCGGGCCCAUUGCCGCCUUCCUCCCGCUAAACCUCGGGCACAUUGCCGCCUUGCUGUCGGCAAAUAGCGGGCCUCAUGUCGGUUCCACUGUGCUGCCUGAAUAA